AUGCAGAUGUACAGCAAUGACGAACCUGGCGAUGCCCAAAAGGGCGAACCGCCAGCCAACGCUCCAACGCCCCAUCUUCAAGGGUUCGAAUUCACUUUCGAGUCGUCUUCGUUGAGAUUCGAAGUAGAUUCGGACGCGAUGAACGAUGCCUCGUCACUUUCGGACAUUUCUCUCUCUGACAGCAUCCAAGAGUAUCCCAAGUUAUUCGGUCGCACCUAUAACGCCUAUCGACACGGAUCCUAUGCUUUCCCCAACGACCAGCAGGAGCAGGAGCGCUUAGCACUCCAAGGUCCCGUCCUGACUCGACUCAUGGGCGGGAAGCUCUACUUUGCUCCUCUUUCAAACCUGCAUCCGCCGCGGUUUAUUCUCGAUAUUGCUACUGGCAUCGGUGACUGGGCUAUUGACAUGGCCGACGAAUUUCCAGAAACGACCGUCAUUGGCACAGACCUGUCACCAAUCCAACCAAACAAGGUCCCUCCCAACGUCCACUUCUACAUUGAAGACUCGUCCGAGAAGUGGGACUUUCCGCAAAAGUUCGACUACAUCCACACGCGAAUCUCGGCUGGCUGCUGGUCCAACUUUGAGACUCAGGCAGCCGCGCAAGCUUUUCAAGCUCUCGAACCUGGCGGUUGGUUCGAGUCGCAAGAAGUUGAUUGCACCGUCUGCUGCGACGACGGCACCGUGGACCCCGACGGCCCGCUCGUCGCCUGGGCCAACGAAUUGAUAGAAGCUUCGGCCAAGGUGAAUCGUCCGGCGCUUAUUGGCUCUAUUCUCAAGGAAACGUACGAACGGGUAGGCUUCGUUGACGUGCAACAGCGCGUGUACAAGAUGCCCAUUGGUACCUGGCCCAAAAACCCGUUCCUGAAACAAGUCGGCUUGCUGUGGCGCCACAACCUACUCCAAGGAUUGUCUGGGUUUUCUUACCAUUUGUUACAUAACGCCUUUGAGCGUUCAAUGCCCGAGAUUGAGGUAUCCCUUAUUGACGUUCGGCGGGAUCUUUGCGACAACCGGAUUCAUUCAUACAUGCCUACCUUUGUUGUCUGGGGUCGAAAACCCUUUCCACGCGAAGUUUCCCCACCCAAGACGGAAACCAAGGCCUAUGCAAACGUGCACCAUUUCGCCGUGUAG